GCUGUGUGCAUUUGCCCGCCGAGGCUCGAGGCAGCAGCCGGGAUGCGGGACUCGGAGGAUGGCAGACGCGACGAACACGCCCUCCGGGACCACGGGCUCCGCUCUCCUGCACCCGCUGAGCCAGCGGCUGGGCGUCCCGCUGGAUCAGGUCAAUUUUGUUGCCUGUCAGCUCUUUGCACUCUUGGCAGCAUUUUGGUUUCGCCUAUACUUAAGCCCUCAUCGUGCCAGUUCUGGUGUCCGCCAUGCGUUUGCUACAGUUUUUGGGAUAUGUUUUGCUGUUUUCUGCUUUGGUUGGUACUCCAUCCAUAUUUUUGUGUUAGUGAUGUUGAGCUACGGUAUCAUGAAUAUGGCCAGUAUUCCCAACAUUCAUAGGUACUCUUUUGUAUUCGCUAUGGGAUACCUCACUGUGUGUCAUGCUAGCAGGAUAUACAUAUUCCACUAUGGUAUUCUCUCAACAGACUUUUCUGGGCCACUGAUGGUUUUAACCCAGAAGAUCACUACUCUUGCCUUCCAGGUGCAUGAUGGAAUAGGCCGGAAAGCAGAAGACUUAUCAAGUGAGCAAAAUCAGCUUGCCGUAAAAAUAAGACCUUCUUUGCUGGAGUAUUUGAGCUAUCUGCUCAACUUUAUGAGUAUCCUUGUGGGGCCAUGCAACAAUUACAAGGACUACAUCGCUUUCAUUGAAGGGAGACAUGUGCAGAUGAAGCUUUUGGAAGUCAGCUGGAAGCCCAAUGGGAAUGAUAAACUUCCUGAGCCUUCUCCAAUGGGAGCUGUUCUUCACAAACUCUGCAUUGCCCUUAUAUCGCUGCUUUUGUUCCUGACAUUUACCAAGACCUUUCCAGUUGCGUACAUUGUUGAUAACCAGUUUAUCGAUAAGACUUCUUUUUUGUCAAGACUUGGCUACUUGUAUAUUGUUAUGCAGGCUUCAAAGCCAAAAUACUACUUUGCAUGGACUCUCGCUGAUGCAAUCAACAAUGCAGCGGGCUAUGGGUUCAGUGGCAUUGAUGAAAGAGGCCAUUUCCACUGGGACCUAUUGACUAAUCUAAAUAUCUGGAAAAUUGAGACAGCAACAAGUUUUAAAAUGUAUGUAGGGAACUGGAAUAUACAGACCACUGCCUGGCUUAAAUGUGUAUGCUACGACAGAGCUCCUUGGUACCCUACAGCUUUGACAUUUCUUCUCUCAGCUGUCUGGCAUGGCAUUUACCCUGGAUAUUAUUUUACAUUUAUCACUGGAAUCUUUAUGACUCUAGCAGCCAGACUGAUGAGGAACAAUUUUCGGCAUUUCUUCACAUCUUCAAAGACUCUGAAGACGACCUAUGAUGUUGCUACUUGGUUGAUAACUCAGCUGUCUGUCUCUUAUACUGCAGCCCCAUUUGUUCUGCUUGCUGUUGAGUCCACAGUUAAAUUAUACAGGUCACUUUACUUCCAUAUGCACAUUUUAUGUUUUUUUGUGCUGUUGGUGUUGCCAAAGAAACCUGAAGGCCACAGCAAAAGGCAGCCUCCAGUUCGAGGUACACAGAACUCUGAUAUAAACAAGAAACAAAAAUGAUACCUCAAAAGGGAGCUGCUGAACCAUCACUGGCAUUGAUGCUGGCUAGAAAAAGAUAUACAGAAUACUUGGUUGUUGCAUCUAAUGGCUUAAUGUAAACAACAACUUUAAAUAGAUGGAAAAGAACUUCCUGGAUAAUGUUUACACCUUCAAAGGACAAAAACUGUGAUUUUAAAACAAAAAAACCCCCAAAGAGAAUUGUUUAAUAGAAUAUCUUUAAUAUAUUCAAAUUGAUUCAUGUCUUACAGAUUUGUAAUAAUUAUGCAGUUUUUUUAGGAGGAAGAAAAAAAAAUCACUGGGGCUUUGCAGACUGGUGCUGUAAGAUUGGAAAUGUUUUUUUCCCAGAGAAUGGUUAAAAUCAAAGACAACUUUUGGACCAAUUUUAUACUUGCCAAUUGAAGCACUUUGGGGCCCUUCUGCUGUUGUUGAUGUGUAUGUAUGUAUAAGGCAUGCUGAAGGUGUCCAGAUCACGUUUUUGAAUUAGUUCAUGGCCUAAUUCAAAGGUUGAUCAGCUCUACCAACCUAAGCUGAAUUGCACCCUUCUAAAUAUAUGAAAGUGAAUGUACUUAUAAGAGUGUAGAGUGAUACUGUCAGAAUUGCAUUUUCAAGUUCUCUGCAUUCUCCUGCACAUGUUUGAUUUCAGUCUUGGUGCUCAUCAUGUAAGUGCAAGUGGGUCAAUUUCAGGAAUCACAUGGAUCUCCUGUUGCUUUUAAGAUUUGUCUUGGAGAUAGCACACCAAAGUCAACUAACAGGCUCACCCUUCACAUCUUUUGCUAUGCAUUUUCCAUCAGUGAGUCCCCUUUAGUAAAAAUGAGAAUAGUCAUCAUCCUAGAACCAUAAAUGAAGGUGGCAAUACCCAUUAGAUAAGAGAGAAUGCUGUAGAACGAAGCUGAAAGUUCUCCAUGUCAGUGCAAAAUUAACAGUAUGCCACUUGAGGUGAGAAUCAUGGAUGCUUUGACAGAACUCCAUUUUUUAAAACAUGUACUCUGAGACGAGUAAUGAAUGUGAUUUCUCCCCCCCCCCCCACAGCACUAUAAUGUCUUGUUGAUGACCCAUACUUGUGCACUUUCAUUGUUGCCUAUAGGAUUUGCCAGUGUCAAGGCAAUCUCAUACACUUGGAUAUAACUCAGGGACACUUUGUGUUAAGCACUUGACUUGAUUUGCUAAGAAAACCUUGCUUUGCAAUUUUCUGAUAUUUAAAAUAUUACUUUUCUUAGAUCUUGUAGAUUUUCACCUCUUCUCCCCCCCCCUGCAAUGUUUACCCUGUUCUUUUUUUGUCACUGUUAAAAACAAUGUAAUAGAUACCCAUCCAUCCCUGUAGUGUGUAUCUGAGUCCAUCACCACUUGUAAGCUUUUCAUUCACCCACACUGUCUCUUUUCACUUGUUUAGCUUUAUAAGCUCAGACCUUGAUGGUCCGGGCUAGCCUGAUCUCAGAAGCUGAGUAGGGUCAGCCCUGGCUAGUAGUAGGAUUGGGGACCACCAAGGAAGUCCAAGGUUGCUGCUCAGAGGCAGGCAAUGGCAAGCCCUCUGUCUCUUGUGUAGAGAGCUAGUUUGGUGUAGUGGUUAAGUGUGUGGACUCUUAUCUGGGAGAAUCGGGUUUGAUUCCCCACUUUUCCACUUGCAGCUGCUGGAAUGGCCUUGGGUUAGCCAUAGCUAUUGCAGGAGUUGUCCUUAAAAGGGCAGCUGCUGAGAGAGCCCUCUCAGUCCUACCCACCCCACAGGGGGGAGAAGAUACAGGAGAUUGUAAGCCGCUCUGAGUCUCUGAUUCAGAGAGAAGGGUGGGGUAUAAAUCUGCAGUCUUCUCCUUCUCUUGCCUUGAAAACCCUACCGGGUUGCCAUAAGUCAGCUGUGACUUGAUGGCACUUUCCACCACCAGCUUUACAAUGGCCAUUGACAUUCUCUUAGGAAAAAGCCCUGUGGUGGUCCUAGGGGUGGGUUUUGACAUGUUUGCACACCCAGCAACAACUGAGUUUUCCUUAUGCAACCAGGUGCCAAAAUUGCAUCGUCCCAAGAACGACCUCUGCUUUUGUUACUUUUUCACUUUAAAUGUAAGCCCAUUUUGCAAAUAGAGUAGUAAAAUUCUUAUGAUAUGCUUUGAUAUUAAAAGAGCUGGAGUGUUCAAAAUUGAAAUGUUGGGUGAUAUGAACUAUUAUCUGGUGACCGCCUCUGGAGAAAAAGAUAAAUGUUGUGAAGAAUUAAAGUUGCUGCUGUUUAUUAUUACUUUAGUGUUCACUCCAUCCUAUGAGGAGUAUGAUGUUUCUGUUUUGGAUCCAAGACUCCAAAGAUAUAUACUUACAAAGGAUAACAAGCAAAUAAAAUAUUUUGUACAAAAUAAA